CAAUGAGCUUGAGUGGGGAGAUUAGUUCUUCAUUGUUAAAACUCAAGUCCUUGAAACAUUUAGACUUGAGUUUCAACACAUUUGAAAGCAUCCCAAUUCCGGAAUUCUUUGGAUCUUUGAAGAAUUACAAUAUCUAAACAUAACAAAUGCUGGGUUUAGCGGUGUAAUCCCUCCAAAUUUGGGAAACCUCUCAAGGUUGCAGUAUCUUGAUCUUUCUUCUCAAUAUGGGAAUGGUCUAUCUACUGAUAAUUUUGGGUGGAUGAUUGGUCUUAUUUCCUUGAAGCAUCUCAAGAUGAACCAAGUUGACCUUUCAUUUGUUAGAUCAAAUUGGGUGGAUGUAUUAAACAAGCUUCCAUUUUUAACCGAGUUGCAUCUAUCUGAUUGUCGCCUCUCGGGUUCAGUUUCUCCAGCCUCAGUAGUUAAUUUUACUAUGCUUUCUGUUAUAUCCAUGAGUUGGAACUACCUUGAUUCAACAAUUUUGGAAUUGCUUGUAAAUAUCAGCAGCCUUACAUUCAUUGAUCUAAGCUACAACAGCUUAAACAGUGUUCCUCUUGGUCUCAAUCAGCUACCUAAUCUGCAAUACUUGAACCUGUAUGGCAAUGGAAAUCUUACUGGCAAUUGCUCUCAACAAUUGAGGGAAGGUUGGAAAAAGAUAGAGGUCCUCAUUUUGGCUUCAAAUAACUUUCAUGGUAGCAUUCCUGACUCCAUUGGAAGCUUCUGCAACCUAAAAUAUUUGGACUUAGGCCAUAAUAACUUGACAGGAAGUUUACCUCAAUUUCUGGAAGGAAUGGAAAACUGCAGCUCUAAAAGUUAUUUGCCUUACUUGACUAAUUUGAUCCUGCCCAACAAUCAAUUGGUUGGCAAAUUAGCAGAAUGGUUGGGACUGCUAGAAAAUCUCGUGGAACUAGACCUGUCAUAUAACAAGUUUGAAGGCCUUAUCCCUGCUUCUUUAGGGGCAUUGUCAAAUCUUGAGAGCCUCAAACUAAACAAUAACAGCCUUCAAGGUCCUAUCCCUGCAACUUUAGGGUCAUUGCAACACUUGACAGAUAUGUGGCUUGGAACUAACCAACUGAAUGGGACUCUCCCAGAUAGUUUUGGACAGCUUUCUGAAUUACUUUACCUGGAAGUUUCUUUCAAUAGUUUGACAGGGAUUCUCUCUGCAGAGCAUUUCUCAAAGCUAAGUAAGUUGAAACACCUGUACAUGCAGUCCAAUUCAGGUUUCAAUUUGAAUGUAAAUUCUAGUUGGGUCCCCCCUUUCCAGAUCUGGGACCUUGAUUUUGGUUCAUGCAGUUUAGGUCCUUCUUUUCCAGCUUGGCUUCAGUCCCAAAAGGAGCUUGUGUCUCUUGAUUUCUCAAACACUAGCAUUUCAAGUCCCAUACCAAACUGGUUUUGGAAUCUUUCUUCUAAUUUAGAUUUCUUAAAUCUUUCUCUCAAUCACUUGCAUGGCCAGUUACCAAAUCCAUUAAAUGUUUCUCAAGAUGCAUUGAUUGAUUUCAGCUCCAACCUCUUUGAAGGACCUAUUCCUCUUCCAACCAAAACUAUUGAAUCACUAGAUUUCUCCAACAAUAAUUUUUCAGGUCCCAUCCCACCGAGCAUAGGUGAAUCCAUUCCAAGCUUGAGGGUCCUUUCUCUUUCGGGUAAUCAAAUAACAGGAGUCAUCCCAGCUUCUAUAGGAGAUAUAAGGGGUCUUGAUAUCAUUCAUCUUUCAUGGAAUAGUUUGACAGGAAGCAUUCUCUUAACCAUAAUCAAUUGCUCUUCCUUAAGAGUUCUAGACCUUGGAAACAACGACUUGUCCGGGAGAAUUCCAGAACAGAUGGGUCAGUUAAAGUGGCUUCAAUCUCUUCACAUGGAAAACAACAACCUUUCAGGAGGGCUGCCCUUAUCUUUCCAAAAUUUGUCUAGUUUGGAAACUCUUGAUCUCAGUUACAACAGAUUGUCAGGUAACAUCCCAACAUGGAUUGGAGCUGCUUUUAUGGGUCUUAAAAUCCUUAACUUGAGGUCGACUGGGUUCUCUGGCAGUCUUCCUUCUGAGCUUUCAUAUCUACGUUCAUUGCAUGUCCUGGACCUCUCACAAAAUAAUUUGACUGGUAGCAUUCCACCUACAUUGGGUGGCCUCAAAGCAAUGGCUCAAGAGAAAAAUAUAAACCAAUUUGUGUUAUAUGGGAGCUUUCAAGGCAGACGGUAUGGAGGGCAAUAUUAUGAAGAAAGCUUGGUUGUGAACAUGAAAGGACAACGUCUAGAAUAUACCAGAACUCUUUCCCUUGUUACCAGUAUAGACCUGUCUGACAAUAAUUUAAGUGGAGAGUUUCCAGAGGCAAUAACAGAAUUAUUUGGUUUGGUGGCUCUCAACCUGUCACGGAACCACAUUACUGGCCAAAUUCCUGAAAGCAUUUCAAGGUUGAAGGAAUUGUUAUCUCUUGAUCUAUCAAGCAAUAAACUCUUCGGCACAAUUCCUUCUAGCAUGGCUUCAUUAUCUUUUUUGGGUUCUUUGAAUCUGUCAAACAACAACUUCUCUGGUAAGAUUCCUUUUACAGGACAGAUGACAACUUUUGAUGAACUUGCCUUUGAUGGAAACCCAGGUCUCUGCGGAGCUCCUCUUGUUGAAAAAUGCCAAGAUGAGGAUUCUGAUAAAGAGCACAGCACUGGUACCGAUGAAAAUGACAAUCAUUUCAUUGAUCGGUGGUUUUAUUUGAGCGUCGGAUUAGGGUUUGCAGCAGGUAUUUUGGUUCCUUAUUUUGUUUUAGUAAGCAGGAAAUCUUGGUGUGAUGCUUACUGGAAUAUUGUGGAUGAAAUCAUUGAUAAGACAUUCUGGUUGAGAAGAAGAAGAAGAAGAGCAGCAACCUAUACCAGAAGUCAUGGAAGACCACAAUAAAUUUUACAGUUCGUUUUCUUAUCUCUAAGAAUUUCAAUUCUUCUUAA